CGCAGAACAAGUGCGAAAAAAUGGUGACAAUUGUCGUUACAUAUGUGAUUGGAUCAGUUGUGUUGAAAUGAGAAUUGUGGAAGAUGCUGGAAAUUAAUUGUUUUCAAAAUGUUGGUUAUAUGUUUACUUUUUACCUGAGUGCAUACGAGCGUUAAAAUCAAGCUUGGUGGUGUAACAUUUAAUUAAGUGUAAACGUACCAUUUGUUUGGAUUUUUGCGAUUUGACAGGAAGUAGCCAGAUUACGUAGAAUGACAAUGCACAGUUCGAGAUCUGUUGGUACUACAGUUGCCAGUACACUUGGUAUAUUGAAUACUACAGCCAGUGACCCCAUAGCCCAUGAAGUUAUUUCGACUACAACUGCUGGCCAGACUAUUUUGCCUGCUUCUGCAAAAGCCAACCCAAUUUUUCUGGAGACUACUGCAGCCCAGGUUAUAGCAGGAGCUUUUGUAUGGGUUGCUCUUUUCUUGACUUGCCAACAGAUAUACCAACACUUGCGAUGGUACACAAACCCCGCAGAGCAACGCUGGAUAGUUCGUAUUCUGUUCAUUGUACCAAUUUACGCUUUCUAUUCAUGGGUCAGCCUCCUCUUCUUCAACAGCGAAAGUUACUAUGUCUAUUUCUUUACUGUGAGGGACUGUUAUGAAGCUUUUGUAAUCUACAAUUUCUUGAGUCUUUGCUAUGAGUAUCUGGGUGGAGAAGGAAACAUUAUGAGUGAAAUAAGAGGAAAGCCAAUCAGAUCAAACUGUAUGUAUGGCACGUGCUGCCUAGUUGGGAAGACGUACACAAUUGGAUUUCUGAGGUUCUGUAAACAGGUGACUCUGCAGUUCUGCUUGGUGAAGCCUGUCAUGGCAUUUGUAAUCAUUAUUCUGCAGUCAUUUGGCCACUACAAGGAUGGUAACUGGAGCACCCAUGGGGGAUAUCUGUACAUCACCAUCAUCUACAACAUUUCAGUCAGCCUCGCUCUUUAUGGUCUUUUCCUGUUCUACUUUGCUACGAAAGAUCUUUUGAUGCCAUUUGAACCAGUGUUAAAAUUCUGCACUGUGAAAUCUAUUAUCUUCCUUUCAUUCUGGCAAGGAGUGUUGCUGGCAGUUCUUGAAAGAGCAAAGGUUAUUGACCCUAUUUUAGAUAAUGGACAACCAACUAGUGCAGGAACAGUGUCAGCAGGUUACCAGAAUUUUCUUAUUUGUAUUGAGAUGUUUUAUGCUGCCAUCGCUCUGCGUUACGCUUUCCCAUACCAAGUUUAUGCCCAAGGAUGCAUUACAGAUUCACAUGGCCGAAGUGUUACAAUGCAAAGCAUCUCCAGUAGCCUUAAGGAAACAAUGAACCCUAAAGACAUAAUGACUGAUGCCAUUCACAACUUCCACCCACAGUACCAACAGUACACCCAAUAUAGUUCUGGUGGGUCACAUUCUCAUCGAGGAAUGAGAAUAAGCAGUUAUGAUCCUGAUGACCCAACACAAGGAGGAGGAGGAGGUGGUGGUGGUGUCGGUAGUCAAGGAGGUGGACAUGGGACAUCACGACGACAUAGUUCCCUGCCUAACCAGCGGGUCUCUACCAUCAGCCAGAAUUACAAUGAGAAAACAAUGCUGCUCAGCUCAGAUGACGAGUUUCAGUAAUAUGGGUCGAACAAACCUGUUUGCCAGGAUGCUUACAGAAAUGUUAUACAGGAAAAUUUUGCCACUUUGGACAGGAAAAAGUCAGAACCAAGCAUACCAGUCAGUGAUAUGUUACUGUAACAUAUAUUAAAUUAGUUGUCACCAACUUCAUAUUAUAGCGUGCACUUUUGCUUUCUAAUGGUAUUGAAUAAUGUAAUAACAUUUUCUGUAGGUAACCAUGGUAAUAAUGCAUGCCAUUACCAUUGUUCUUAGAAACAGGAAGUGAAACAAGCUUCAGCUGUGUUUCUCAGCCAGGUUAGUACAUUAUUUUAAAAUAUAUAAAUUUGGGCCAAAUAUGUUUCUGUUUACAGAAUUCCCAUAAGAAACUUCUUAUGAUUUGAUUGUAUAUACAUGGUUAUCAGUUUCAUAGAGCAUUUCCUUAUUCAAAAUUUUGAUUUUGACUCAACUAUAGGAUGUACAUUAUUGCCAUGAUAAAUUAAUGCAUAUUUUUACAGUUAGUCAAGAGUGGUACACUGUUAUUACUAUUACUACCACUGCUGUUAAACUACUGUGUGUAUUGUUAACACUAAUUAAAGUACUCAGUGAUUCAGACAACUUUUAAUUUAAGUAAAAUUGCACAGAAAUAAAACCUACUGGUAACUGACA